AGUGCGCAGCUGCUGAUUCCUUAUCUUGCAGAUGUCUCCUCUGGGCUUGUGGUGUCUCCUCUUUAUCUCUGUCUUGGUGUGGCCCUGGGUGCCGGCUGGCUGUUAUUCCAAUGGCAAGGUCACCAAAGUGUGUGGCAGCAUGGAGCCCCACCAUCGUAACUCUGGACAAACCACUCCCAGCCCCUACCGCCUGGAAACCAACACCACUACCUUCAGCCCUGGAGACCGCAUCCAAGUCAUCCUAUCUGGAACAUCAUAUUUUGAGGGCUUCCUGCUUCAGGCCAGAGACGCAGCCAAUCAGAGCUCAGAGUCCACAGUUGGCACCUUCACUCUGACCAAUCCAGACAAGACACAGCUGCUCACCUGUAGUAAGCACCAGGGUUCAGCAGUGAGCCAUACGAGUGAUGCCAGACAGACGCAGGUUGUUGUGAUCUGGAAUGCUCCUGCAGAUGCUCCUACACAGGUUCAGUUUUUUGUGACUGUAGUUGCCCACUACAGUGUAUUUUGGGUGAAGCUGUCUGGACCAAUCAUCUAUCAGCAUGGUGUCACUCCCUACCCGCCUCACUCAGACACGACAGCUCCUCCAGUACCGCCCACCACCACGCCGUCCAUCCUGCCAGGGCCUUUUACUGCUGAGGGAUGUGGCCAAUCCAAAUCCUGCCUGCUGGAUCCUCCAGAGUGUGAUCCAACAGAUCCUCACUGCUUCUUCUUGUCCAUGACCACAGAGGGACCAGACAAAACGUCUGUGACGUUCGAGCUGAGUGGCCCAGCAGAGGGAUACAUUGCCUUUGCACUGUCUUGGGAUGCAUGGAUGGGCAAUGACGAUGUGUACAUGUGUGUAGAAGAUGAGCAUAGAGUAUCAGUGACUGCAGCCUUUGUCAGUGGAAGAAGGGACCCUGAGGACGAGUCACAGUCUGGUCUGUCUUCAGUGUCAUGGCGACUCGCAGACGGAGCGAUUCAGUGCAGGUUCAGCAGACCAGUCAAACUGACCGAUCAGGAACCAGCCCGAUUUGAUCUGGACCAUGACUACUUUCUGUUUGUAGCCAGCGGACGUGCUCAGUACGGAAGAGUAUGGAAACAUAGCCAGCAGCCAUUAAUCUCAACCCACAGAAAGCACAUCACUGGACCGCCUGAGGUCCUGAGAGGCUCCCGUGGACCCAUCAUUAUGAAAAUGCAUGGUGCAUUAAUGCUGUUAGCCUGGAUGCUAACAGGAAGUGUUGGUACCUUCAUAGCCAGCUUCUACAAGCCCGACUGGCCAAAUCAAACUCUGCUCGGCCAGAAAGUUUGGUUUCAGGUUCAUCGAGGCCUGAUGAUGCUGACUGUGACUCUGACCCUUGUAGCUUUUUGUCUCCCAUUUUUCUACAGGAAAGGUUGGAGCAAGCAUGCAGGUGUCCAUCCAUACCUGGGCUGUUGUGUUCUAACAUUAUCUGUGAUUCAACCAAUAAUGGCUGUGAUCCGACCACCAGCUGACUCACACAGGAGAUUCAUCUUUAACUGGGGCCACUGGGGAGUUGGGUCUGUGACUGAGAUUAUGGCAGUGGCAGCCAUGUUCCUGGGGACGCGUCAAUCAUCACUGCCCCUUCCCCAGCCAUGGGCAACUCAUGUUCUGAUUGGCUACGUGGCAUGGCUGGCCUCAUUCAGGGUCCUCCUUCUGAUGCACAAACACUUUAACAUAAAAAAAUCAUUGGGGUCAGAUGACCAACAGGCCAUCCUCUCUGACCAACCACAGCCUAGUCACCAGGUGUCGUUCAUAAAGUCCCUAAUCUUGGCUGCCUUGGCUCUGGGAAACUCUGGCCUCCUGAUGACUUUGCUAUCUUCUAUUGUGGAUAUUUGACAUUUAAUUGCAAAGAAUCUCAAAUAACUGUUUUGACCAUAACCAUGUUUAAAAAGUGACUUUUUAUGCAAUGCUUAGAAUAUCAGUAGAAUUCCAAGUUCAGCAGAGCCUGAUAAAAUAAAGAAUGAAGAACUUUAUUAUACAGCCAAACACACAAUCCUUUUUAUUUACAACCAAAUCUGUUAGAUUUUUGUUUAUAUUCAUAUUUUUGAUUGUUUUUUUGUCAUUAUUGUUGGGAUCUGCGGCUCUUUUCUUUUACCCCUUGUUUCUCCAGAGUGUGUGUCUUAGGCUGGGUGUUGUUGACCUACAUUUUGCUCAAACUGAACUCCUCAUUCACCUGCAGCUCAUCACACACCUGCUACUCAUCCCCUCUGAUUGCAAGCAACCUGAUAAAAACCCGGCUCUCCUCACCAUUCUUCCCCAGUUCGUUGUGAAACCUCUCUGUGGUAACACCUUGGCCUGUGAUCAGUCCAUCCUUUCUGAAGAUUGUAGAGAUUACUGCCCUAUAUUUGGGAAUCCUGCUGAACCUGUGUUUUCUUUGCUUCAAGCUUCACAAAACCUGCCAACCCCGUUCAGCCUUGUCCAGUGUCCAGCGUCCAACCCCACCCAGACUCUCACACUCAGACGAAAAGACCCUGGUACUACCUAUUUACAAUCUUCCCCAUCUGAACAUUAAACAAUAUAAAUCACCACCUGUGUCCUGCAUCUGCAUUGUGGGUCCUAAAAAACUUCUAGACCAUAACAGUUAUAAAUUAACUUGAUUCUUAUACAUUUCUGAUUUAAUGUUCAUAUUAUGAUUCUAUUCUGAGAGGCAUUAUUAAUGUUU